CGGGUUUAAGUAACAACGUCUAAAAACGUCAGAUUUGUACAUCUGUCAGAACGGCAUAAAAUAAGUUUUGCUUUAAAAUUUUCCGUAAACAUCCGAGGCAGCAAGAUGGUGGAGGAGUUUCGCGUUCGGUUUUUCAUGCCCGCAUUGCACAACCCGGCAUUCGCAGGGAACAACCCGUUCACAUGGCAAAUGUACAGAAAAAAUUAUGGGAUUUUGCCGAUUUGUGGAUUGGUUUUGCUCGAUUGGUGCUGGAUAGCUUUCUGCACCGCCAAAUGUUUCACGCGAACUGACAUCGUUCUGACCCGAAACAGUUUCAAGAGCAAGCGCCAAGACGAGCUGCACGAGCUGCUGCUCCAUCCGAUCAACAGGAAGUUUCUAACAUUCGAUCAGGUAUUCGAACCCAACCCGGACCUCUACGCGACUUACCAGGAAAUGGACAAAGCCCUAAAGGAACGGCAAAACUGUUAGGGACAAAUAUAUUUACGAUUUUAAGGCCGA